AUGGCGUUUAGGAGCAAUCAUGGCGGUGGUUCUUUGGAUUCCGAUUCCACGGCACGGCGCUCGGAUUAUUCCUCCCUCAGCGGUAGCUUCGAUGAAUUCGGGCCACGCUACGCGGACCUACCGAUGGAGAUUCUAGUUAAAAUAUUAACCUACCUUACUCCAUCCGAUCGACGCGAAGCCAGCCAAACGUGCCGUCGCUGGUCCGAGGCUUCACACCACACCGCAUUCCUGGAGAGUUUCUGGCUCGUCCUGCACCGUCAGCCGUUCGAUGUGAAUGCACCACCUGUGCGAGAUCUCCUGCACAGCUUCCGCCAAUUCCCGAACGUUCAGCUCUCGGAGGUAGACUUCGAACGGGUUGGCAAUUUUUUCGCCCACUUCGGGCCACACAUUCGACGGAUCGCGUUCCGUACAUGCGAAAUACAGGAGCGCGAUCUCACUGCCAUCCUGCACUGCCUUCCGGCGCUGCGUUCGCUAACGAUCGAGUCCUGUCGCGAUCUGUUCAUGUGCGUGCGGUUGUUCGAAAACGCCACCGAACGCGCGGUGCUGCAACAAACUUUGGUCAACGUGACGGAGCUGGCGCUCACUCACAACCAGUACCUUUCCGAUGCGAUCUUGAACCGGCUGGUCGAGAUUAUGCCAUCGUUGCGUGUGCUGAUACUCGCCGGAUCGCACAUAUCCUUCCACAAGGGGCUGUACCGGAAGUUCUACCCGGGCGAUGGUAAGCAACCGUCCGAGAGCGUGCUCACGUUUCACUACAUCUCGCAGUUGAUUGAGGAGCGAAAGCAUUCGCUGCGGGCGCUUGAUUUCAGUGAAACCCUCGUCGAUGACAACGCGCUCGAGGUGCUGGCUGCGAUGAGUCCUGCGUUGCACUUGGAGCGCCUCGAGCUAAACCGAUGCGAACAGCUUUCCAGUCGUGGGUUGGCAACGCUUCUUACCGCUCAAGCUGCGCAUUUACAACAUCUCGACCUGUCGAAAACGUUCCGGUUGACGGAUUCCUGUUUGCUGCAGAUAUGCCGCGAAUUGAGUGGAUUGCGCGUGCUGAAAAUGCGCCAAUGCCGUGCGCUUAGCAACCAGGGUGUACGGGAACUCGUACAGCUCAGUGCGUUGCAGGUGUUGGACAUAUCGUACUGCGAUGAGAUCAAUGGUCAAGGCAUCCUGGAGGGGAUAGCUUCCAAACCGAACAACACUCUGCGGGAACUGCAUGUCCGUGCGCUCAACCUUUGCGAACGAUCCAUCAUAGCGAUCACGGAGCACCUGCCGGCGUUGCGAGUGCUCGAUCUGGGUUACUGCUUCCACGCCGUGUCGGAUCUUUGCGUGCAGUUCAUCUUCCGCAAUCUCGUCCGGUUGACGGAGCUCGAUCUGGAGAGCUGCCGGAAGCUGUCGGACGGUGGGCUAACCGGACUGGGGAUGCUGCAAGCGAUACAGCACCACGACCAAUCGAAGCACCAACGGGUGGACGAACAGCCAGGACCCCCUGUCGUUAGUAACGGAAAUGCGGCACCGAUCGAACCCGAUUCUCCGCCACCACCCAUGCAAGAUCCUGAGCCUCCUAAACCACCACAACCAGCCCAACCGGUGCGUAUUUCGCUUCGGAGUCGCGCCGAGCAGGAAAUCGUUGAUGACGCCGAACGGAAAAAGCUCCUGCUCGAGGCGAUGAACCGCAAGGACAACCGUCCAUCGGAACCCGGCGAUGGUUCCUCCUUCAGCGGGUACUCUAUCGGUCGGCUGCGGCAACUGCGAGUGCUCAAUCUAACCGGCUGCAAUCGGCUGACGGAUGUGUCGCUGCUGUGCAACUUCCGGCUGGUGGAACUCCGCGAGCUAUCGCUCGCCCAGUGCCAACAGAUUUCGCUGGAUGGUAUCCGGGCCCUGGUGCAAGGAUGUCCUGCGAUCGAGCAGCUCGAUCUCAGCGAGUGCCAUAGCAUCAGUGAUCGAGCGGUCGAACAGAUUACCUCCCGGUUGGGUCGCUUGCGUUGGCUGAGUCUCCGACGGUGCUACCAAUUGACGGACUUCAGCCUCGACUAUAUUGCCUGCCAUUGUCGUCGAUUGCGGGAACUUGACGUGCGCGGAUGUAAGCACAUGUGUGCGGAUCCAGCCAUGCGGUUAGUUAGCCUGCCGCUUCUCACGACGAUCCUGCCGGGUAAGCAGGACGAAACUAGCGGCCCAUUUGGUUCGUCGCCUUCGACGACAACACCUCCUCCACCGCCGCCGCGUCUCCCGAUGCGCAUUUAA